UGUUGAGACCGGCAGAAAGCAAUGGCCAGAAAAUACCACUGCCAAGCACUGAUGCACAAGUAUAGGUACUUUCACCACCGCAUGAGGACCAUGGCAAGGUCGAUCCUUGUCGCCGAGACCUUCAUCAAGGCCACGCAGGCUCCCGCCGGGUCCGGUGACGACGGCGCCGCCUUGACGCUGAUGAGCACCGACAUGGAGCGCAUCAGGGCCGGCCUCCGGAUGCUGCACGAGGUCUGGGCGAGCGUGAUCCAGGCUGCCUUGGCUGCCUGGAUGCUAUACAACCGGCUCGGCCUCGCCUUCGUUGCGCCCAUCGGGACCGUCGUAGUAUGCUUCCUCGGCGUGGCCGUUCUGAUCCACUUCACAGGGGACUCGCAGCGGGCGUGGAUGGCCCGAGUUCAGAAGCGCGUCCGCCUGACAGCGACCGUCAUCGCCGGCAUGAAGAAUCUCAAGAUGGCGGGUUUCUCUGCCGCCGUCGGUGACUACAUCCAGACACUCCGAGUCAAAGAGCUGGCCGCUGCCGCGCGGAUCCGCAUGAUAACCAUCGUCGCCGCCGUCUUUGCGUUCGCCGCGACGUUGUUCAGCCCGCCGCUGACCUUCGCAUUCACCCGGCAGGCACUGGAUGCCUCAAGGAUGUUCACCAGUCUAUCUUUCCUCGCGCUCCUGACCGCCCCGCUCUCCCGGAUCUUCCAGGCCGUGCCGGAGCUCGUCUCCGCGUUCGCCUGCUUGGGCCGCAUUCAGGCCUUCUUGGAGCGCGAGCCUCGCCAGGAUUACCGCCAAGUGCUGGCCGACAUGAAGCGGAACGGGGACAAGAUCGGGCCCGACGCCGGACCACACCCACUGUCGGCUUCAGAUUCGGAGCAGACGCAGCCUGCCGCCGUCAUCAGCGGCGGGCAGUUUGGAUGGAAAGCAGACAAGGUCGUCCUACGGGACAUCAACACGCGGAUACCCCAGUCGUCGCUGACCAUCGUCGUCGGCCCGGUCGGCUCAGGAAAGUCAACGCUCUGCAAAGCGCUGCUGGGCGAGGUCCCUUUCAGCCGAGGCAGCGUCAUCCUGGGCGCCCGCUUCCCCCGCGUUGGAUUCUGCGACCAGACGCCCUUCCUCUCGAAUGGGUCCAUCAGAGACAACAUCGUAGGAUUUGCGCCUUUCGACGACGAGAGGUAUGCCGACGUCAUCGAGGCAGCGGCUCUGCGCUUCGACCUGGCCACUCUACCGCAGGGAGACCAGACAAACAUUGGCUCCGACGGCAUCUCCCUAUCCGGCGGGCAGAAGCAGCGGGUUUCUCUGGCGCGGGCGCUAUAUCUGCAGUCCGACCUCCUCGUGCUCGACGACAUAUUCAGCGGCCUGGAUGCCGAUACAGAGGAGCACGUCUUCCGCAGCGUCUUCGGGCCAGAUGGGCUUCUGCGGCGACGGCGCGCUACCGUCGUCCUGUGCACCCACAGCGUCAGACACCUCCCCGCGGCGGACUACAUUAUUGCGCUCGAGAACGGCACCGUUGUGGAGCAGGGGACCUUCGCCGGGCUGAUGGCCAGCCAGGGGUAUGUGCAGCGUUUGGGGUUGAAGAGCCCUUCCGACAGCGAAGCCUCAAGUUCCUCCGAGAGGGCGACGCCGAGGACGAACUUGCAGGAACGCCCGCCGUUGCUGCCGCACACUUCACCCGCCGGUGCCGCAACUCGCGCUCCUGGUGGGAAUGAGUCGCGCCAGGUUGGCGAUCGAGCUGUCUACAAGCACUACUUUAAGAGUAUGGGUUGGUUCUUGGCGGCCUCCAGUCUGUUCUUCGCUACACUCUGGGGGUUCUUCGUCAACUUUCCCACUGUCUGGCUCACAUACUGGACGGACGACGUCGAGUCGGAGCGCCCGGCGCACUCGCGCGCCUACUACGCCGGGAUCUACGCGCUGCUGCAGGCCUGCGCCAUGGCCUCGCUGGCCCUCCUCGCCAUCGCGAUAUUCAUCGUGUCGGUCAAGCGGGCGGGCACGAGCCUGCACCAGCACGCCCUGCGGACCCUCGUCCGCGCCCCGCUGCGCUUCUUCAGCGCGACCGACACCGGCGUCGUCACGAACCUGUUCUCGCAGGACCUGAACCUCAUCGACACGGAGUUGCCAGAUGCGACGGUGGAUACGCUGUAUUGUGUCUUCCAAGCCCUCGGGCAAGCGGGUGUCAUGCUUACUUCGUCGCUGUACCUGGCGAUCAGCUACCCGUUCCUGGGUGCCCUGCUCUACCUCGUGCAGAUGUUCUACCUUCGGACGUCUCGGCAACUGAGGUUGUUGGACCUCGAGGCCAAGAGUCCUUUGUACACUCACUUCCUCGACACGCUCAAGGGCAUCUCGACUCUGAGGGCGUUCGGCUCUGUCCCCGAUGAGAUCCAAAAGAACGCCCGCCUGAUCGACUCCAGCCAGCGGCCGGCCUAUCUCCUGCUCAUGAUCCAGGAGUGGCUGAACCUGGUGCUCGACCUAGUCGUCAUGGUUAUGGCCGCGCUGCUGACAACGCUGGCCGUGCAGCUGCACUCGAGCUCGGCCUUCGUCGGCGCCUCUCUGUUUUCGCUCAUCAGCUUUGGCGAGAACCUCUCCGGCAUCGUCACGUCCUACACCAGGCUCGAGACGUCGAUCGGCGCCGUGGCACGGCUCAAGACGUUCACCGACACGGUGCAGCCCGAGGACCGCCCGGAGGAGGACAUUGUCCCUCCCGAGGAGUGGCCGCAGCGGGGGUUGAUAGAGUUGAGGGGUGUGUCCGCGAGAUACGAGUAAGAAGGAUUCUACCCGCCACGACAAGACGAACGCCCAACAGCUAACACCACACUC